AUGGAGGACGACGAGGCCUGGGUUGAUGCAACAGCAGCUCCACGAAUAAGUUCACCAAAUAUGACCGCAACUAACAUUGAGUCGUAUUUUAUGUCGCUGGAAUUUUGGUUUGCAGCUUCAGGUCCCACCGAGCAGGCUGCAGAGCUUCGAUCAAUCAUCGACACGGUGCCCCAGCAAAAUAGGUACGAGUAUGUGAAGGCGAGGUUAACCUCACACUUUGCCGAUAGCCAGCAAAGGCGUUUGCAGCGGGUUCUGUCAGAUAUGCCUUUGGGCGAUAUGAAGCCUAGUCAACUUUUUAACGAGAUGCGUCGAGUCGCAGGCGAUGCUCUGGGCGAAGCGGUUCUGUUGGAUUUGUGGGCCAUACGAUUGCCGCCGCAUGCACAAGCAGCAGUGAUUGCAGUGAAAGGUAACGCCGUGGAUAAAGGCGUCAUCGCGGACGCAAUUGUAGAGUCAAUGGGCCUUCGCACCGAAUCUUCGUCAGCCUUGGAGGCCAUUCAGCGAGAAAUCGCGCAGCUCUCGCGUCGUUUCGAAUCAUUGCAAACGCGUGGCUAUGAUCCGCGAAGACGUUCACGUUCACGAGGCCGCCUCGAGACACCGCGACGACGAGCUAGGUGCAACUCGCCCAACGAAAGCUGCUGGUAUUAUCGGGAGUUUGGAGCCAAUGCGCGCAAGUGUAGGACGCCCUGUGGUUACGUAAGGAAGAAUUCAGGUCAAUGA